UCAUCUCACCCGGGAAGUGGAAUGCCAGCAGCAGGACCACCACCACCACCCGGUCUUCCGAAGUUUCCACCUCAAAGAAUGAGUGGUGACGUGUCAUCUAUGAGGAGUUCUCUCGCUUCUUCCCAUGGUCCUCCUAUUUCUGCCCCUUCUCAUACUGCAAGGCCUGGUUCAAUAUCUGGCGAGUCCUCACUUUCGCAUGGAAAAGAGGUAUCAAGGAGUGCGAAUAGUAGCAUAGCUGAGGCUACGAGAGGUGUUAACUCCAAACCAGAGGGUUCUAAGGAUUUAGAGGAGUCUAAUCCUAAACAGUUGCAGGCACCCAAGCAAUCUCGGGGACGUUCGACAACAGUACAGGAGAGACGUCAACCAUCGACUCGUUCUCGAUCAUUGGAAGCUAUUGCUAAUUUUAUAUUCCGUCGUGGACGAAGCCAGGAUCCAAAGAAUGAUGAAGCAAAACAGAUGAUUAUCGACACUGAGAAACCGCCAAAGUUUGACCCUGUUACAGGUCGUUACCUCUUUGAGGAGACUGAGGAAGAGAAAAAAGCGGCUGAGAUGGUCCGUGCAGGACCACCCAAACCAUCAUCUAUGAAAAUGAAGGGUCCAGCCCCUUCUACUGGAGGUAGUAGUGGGCCACAAUCAAUGCUGCGCCCGCCAAGUGGUCCUACGGGAAUGCUGCGUGCCAGUAGCAAUGGGCCACCGCGAGCACAGUAUGUGGAUAUGUUUAAUACUACUUAA